AGCUAAUAUUGCGGGACUCUUUCUCUUUUGCUCCUUUUGAAACAAAAGCAAGGCUGGUCGCCGUGGCGAGCCUCCCAACGGCCUCUCCUUUUAAAAAGCGCCGCGCUAAAGAGACCAGCAUCCCGCCCUUCUGGGUUUUGCCGCAUUUGCUGGCGAGGCCGAAGGUAAGAGUUUGGCCGAGUGCACACGACUCUUCGCCCCGGGGCUGCCCACCGAUUAUUUCCUAGACAGCAGCCAGACUCGCUGCAAAGGAAAGGAGGAGAAAGGCGUGCACCUUGAAAACAGCCGGUAAGCCAUCCUCGAAAUCCCCGUCCAGGUGGCGGCUGGGAGAGGCGCUUUCCCGGCGGGUGCCGGUGCCCUUCGUGUGCAGUGGGGAAGUCAGGACAAUAGGAAGGAGGCAGAGAAAAGCGGGCGCCCUUCGCCCACCCCAGCGACGAACGGAUCGCCUUUCCGAGGGAUGCUGCGAAAGUGAAGAUUCGAGCGGCCGAUAUCGCCGGAGCCUCUCGCCGGGCCCUGGUUCUCCUCUCCUGCUGAGCUGCAGGUCCCUGCGGGCGGCGGUCAGAUGGCCUGGGGCAGCCGCCGGGAGGUCUGGUAAGGACCCAUUGUUCCUUACUUUCCUCCUCACGUCGUGGUCUCUGCCCCCAAAUGACCCUGCGCUCGGCCGAAUCUUCGGAUGGCACCGACAGGGCUGGGCCCCAGUGGGAAGCUGGAGGAGCUUCGGCGGAACCUGCUGAAGGGGAGCGCCUGGACUCUGCCAUGAGGGAGUUGAGAUGCGCGGGAUGGUAUUGGGGAAGCAUGAGUGUUGCAGAAGCAAAGGAAAGAUUACAAGAUGCAUCUGAAGGGACUUUCUUGGUCAGAGACAGCUCUCACUCAGAGUAUUUACUUACUAUUUCAGUCAAAACCUCAGUAGGUCCUACCAAUUUACGAAUAGAAUUUCAAGGUGGUAAAUUCCGUCUGGAUUCUGUUAUCUGCAUCCGAUCAAGGCUCCAGCAAUUUGACAGUGUGGUUCACCUAAUUGAAUAUUAUGUCCUUAUGUGCAAGGACAGAAGAAUGGUCUCCGAAAUACCUUCCAAUGGAACAGUCCAUCUUUAUUUGAAUAAACCUCUCUAUCAUUCAACACUGUCUCUACAGCAUCAGUGUAGAGUAGCAAUAAACAGAUACACAAGUAAAAUCCAGGAACUUCCAUUACCAACAAGAUUGAAGGAAUUCUUACAGGAAUAUCGAUAUCGGGUAUAAGCAUGUACUCAGCCUCAUUUUAAGAAAACAGGUCCUGAAUAUGAUUUGUGAGAAAUCAAAAUCUCCAGCUGCAUGAACGUAUUGCGUAGGUCACUGUGAAAAUAGUAUGUUAUUGUGUAUGUUUGUGGACUUUAAUAGAGGACUUGGAUUUAGCAUUUAAAACUUUGGUGCUCAGUAAACUUCCUGAUGCUAUUAGAAUUACAAGCUGAGGGGGAAAGUGUUUCAUUGGGAACAAGUGCCUAAAAAAGAAUGGUUCAUUGCUCUUUGAUACCUAUGCACUAACUUCGUUCUUACAAUAAAUGAGGCAUUUUGUAAGAAACCCAUCUUAUAAAAUAUUACUAAAUCCAAAUCCAAAUGAUAUGGCUGCCCUUCAAAAUAACUUCUGAAUAAUAUGGACCAGUCAAUGAUACCAUGGCUACCUUAAAAUAAUCUAUGGUCCUCAUUCUGAGAGCCUAUUGCAUUCAUCGCUAUUUUGAAAGAUUAGGAAAGAUUCCUAGUGACCAUUUACAGUUGAAUGCUCCCCUCAUAUCAGAAGGGCUAAGGGGAGGAUAGGCAUCUGGAUUUUAGUAGCAAAUGACUUACAACUCUGCAAUUAGGUCACUGUAAACUUUUUGUGAAGUUACAAAGGGAACAUACAUUUUGGGCAAUAAAUUUCCAGCUAGCAUAAAAGACUGGCUGGUGAGAUUCACUGUCUCAGUUUAGAUCAGUCUAAUGCUCCUGAUUUUGUAUUUUGCACAUUCUUAAUUAUAAUUUACAUAUUAACAAAUGGCAAGCUUUUAUUUUCUAAUAUUAUAGCACUUGAGUGUUUUCUCACUAAAAACUUACCUAGCAGUUCUUCCUGAUUAUGAAUAUAUGAAUAUUUUGGGGGGUGGGGGAGAGAUGCUUUCAAAUCCAUGUUGACUCUUCUCAAUUACCUUAGACAAGUCCUGCAGUUUUCUUGGCAAAUUUUUUGGGAAAUAGUUUGCCAUUGUCUGCUUCCUAAAGCUGGGAAAAAGAGAGACUGACUGAAGAUCACCAGUUGGUUUCUUGCCUAAGAUGGGACUAGAACUUAUAAUCUCCUGAUUUCUAGCCUUAUGCCUUAACCACUACAUCAUUCUGGUGCUAUUAUAAAAGCUAUAGUUUUCCUCAUUUUUACUCAGAAUGUAAGUUUAGCAUUAUAGCAAAGGUCUAUUUGAACAGUCAAAAUGGGACUGGAUUUCUAGAUAAGAUGGCAGGCAG